AUGAAACCUUUCAGCGGCGUCCUCAUCCUCCUCUUUUCCUUGCUCAGUAUCUGCCUCGCAGUCGAUCCUGCAGAGCGCUUUCCAGACCAAACAAAGGUUGACAGAGACAACUAUGAAGCCACGACCCUCGCCGCAGCCGAAAAGGGCGUGCAGCUUCAACACGGCAAACGAUACGCUUUCCGCGAGAAAUGGGCCCCUGCCUAUGGGGAGUAUAGGUGCUUGCCAGACUACUCACACGUCCGACUCAUCGUGGGCCAGUUCUUCAAUAGUCCGACCCGAUCCGGACGUCAGGCCUUUGACGGCAAAGCCUAUGAGAUGAUCAGCGACGAGGCAGACACUAAGCUCGGUCAGACGCCAGUGGGCGGGAAAGUACAGUCGCAAGUUGACAAUUUGUGGUGGGCGAACCACUAUUUCAACGAGAAGAAGGAAGAAUGGGUCACCGUCAGUAAGAUGAGUAAAUAUGAGUACCUGGGGGAGACCACGGCGACAGAUCCAUACAUCACGAACCAAGGUCUGGAGUAUGCCCGCAAGUGGCCCUCAUACAACCUAGUUACAAACAACUGCAUGGUUUACACCAAAGAGGUGUGGAAGAAUAUCCACUGA